AUGGCCGAGUCCCCCGGCUGCUGCUCUGUCUGGGCCCGCUGUUUCCACUGCCUGUACAGCUGCCACUGGAAGCAAUGCCCCAGAGAUAGGAGGCAAACCGACAAGUGUGAAUGCGUCUGGUUUGGCCUGCUCUUCCUCACCUUCCUCCUCUCCCUGGGCUGGCUGUACGUCGUGCUCAUCCUUCUCAAUGACCUGCACAACUUCAAUGAAUUCCUAUUCCAGCACUGGGGGCACUGGAUGGACUGGUCCCCUGCAUUCCUGCUGGUCAUCUCUCUACUGGUCACAUACGCAUCCCUGCUCUUGCUCCUGGCCCUGCUCCUGCGGCUCUAUGGCCAGCCUCUAUGUCUGCACACCAUCCACAAGGUGCUGCUGCUCCUCAUCAUAAUUCUUGUGGCUGCUGGCCUUGUGGGGCUGGAGGUCCAAUGGCAGGAGGAGUGGCAUAGCUUACGUCUGUCACUGCAGGCCACAGCCCCAUUCCUUCACAUUGGAGCAGCUGCUGGCAUCACCCUCCUGGCCUGGCCUGUGGCUGAUACCUUCUACCAUAUCCACCAAAGAGGUCCCAAGAUCCUGCUACUGCUCUUAUAUUUUGGAGCCACCCUGGGCAUCUACCUGGCACCCCUAUUCAUCUCCUCAGCCUGUAUCAUGGAACCCAAAGACCUACCACACAAGCCUAAGUUGAUAGGACACCGAGGGGCCCCCAUGCUGGCCCCAGAGAACACCCUGAUGUCCCUGCGGAAGACAGCUGAAUGUGGAGCUGUUGUGUUUGAGACCGACGUGAUGGUCAGCUCCGACGGGAUCCCCUUUCUCAUGCAUGAUGAGCGCCUAACCAGGACCACAGAUGUAGCCUCUGUGUUCCCAGACCGAGUCAACAGCCACAGCAGUAACUUCUCCUGGGCUGAACUGAAGAGGCUCAAUGCUGGGGCCUGGUUCCUUCAGAGGCAAACUUUCUGGGGGGCUAAGCCGCUGUCAGGCCAUGAUCGAGAAGAUGCUGAGAGUCAAACAGUGCCAUCCUUGGAAGAGAUACUGAAGGAAGCUGAAGGCCUCAACCUUUCUAUCAUAUUUGACCUGCGCCGCCCCCCAGGAAACCACACAUAUCAUGACAGUUUUGUGAACCAGACAUUGGAGACUGUGCUGAGUUCAGGAGUGCCCCAAGCCAUGGUCCUUUGGCUGCCGGAUGAAGAUCGGGCUUAUGUCCAAGAAAGGGCCCCCCAAAUGCGCCAGAUAUACGGACAUCUGGAAGGCCAUGGCACUGAGAGACCCCAGUUUCUCAACCUCCCCUAUCAAGACCUGCCACUGUUGGAUAUCAAGGCACUGCACCAUCAUAAUGUCUCAGUGAACCUAUUUGUAGUGAACAAGCCCUGGCUCUUCUCCCUACUCUGGUGUGCAGGGGUGGAUUCAGUCACCACCAACGACUGCCAGCUGCUGCAGCAGAUGCGUUACCCUGUCUGGCUUAUUCCCGCUCGAACCUACCUGAUAAUAUGGAUCAUUACCAAUUGUGUCUCCAUCCUGCUGCUUUUGUGGACUUUCCUCCUACAAUGGAGGUGUGCUAAGGAGAGACAGAGAACCGGGCUAGAAACAGCAGUGCUGCUGACCAGGAUCAACAAUUUCAUAACGGAGUGA